CAUUUACCAUCGUGAGAAAUAAAAUAAUCAUCACACAAAACGAUAGAUAUAGGAUAUAUUUAUUUCAAUUUAGUUAGUUUAGUAGUCGUGUCAAUCACGAAAUAUUGAAAUAAAAUUUCAAAUUUGAUUUAUAACACAGUAGUCCGGAGUAAGUGUUGAUAGUUCGUAUUUGCAACAAUUUCACCCUAAAAUUUCCACGGUAAAUUUUCCGAAUUGUGUUUUUGUGAAUAACCAACCCAACCGAACUGAAACAAAAAGAUAAUCCAUCGUGUCGUUAAGUGAAUAUAGAAAAAGAACCGAUCAUUCUAAACAAAGAACAUUCUUUGUUAUGUGCACUGCUUAAAUAUUUAUGACAUUGCUAAUAGAUUGUAAUUGUGGCGCCAAAUGAACAAUAUAAAUAUAAACAAGAGAACAAAAACUAUAGAGUGCUAAAGAGUCAUGGGGUGUGUUUAAAUUAUACAAUGAAAAAGACUGAGAUUUAAGUGCGCACACCACUUUAUUUGGGCCAAUUUAAUUGGAGCACACGCGAUUAAAAUUCAAUUAUCCAGUGAAACUGAAAUAUUAUUCGAGUGUCUCUCUCUCUCUGUGUGUGUGUGUAUUAGUAUCGCAUUAAGUGUACAUAGUUUAUUUAUUUUUAUUUUAUGUCAAAAACAAAAAUUGUGUUAAAAAGACGUUGAAUGGAUUAUUCAAGCGGAAAUAUUCAAAGAACCGGAAGAAAAUUGCUCAAUUUCUUAAAAAUGGAUGUCUAAAUGCUUUUUUCGGGGUGCUGGUGGUGAUACAUUUUGAAAUCACACGCGCGCUCUCGAGUAAUAAAUACGUCCUUUUGCCAGUCAACCAAAUAACACACAAACAAAAGCAGCAAACAGCAACUACACGACAAACUCGACCUUUGUUUUGUUUAAACUGCAUAUUAUUGUGUGAAUCCAGUCACAUCACAAGUACCAACCAUACAAACAAAUAUUCAAUAUGGGAGCAACGCCAAGUCACGAAGAUGACGGAGAUGAUGUCGCCGGAACUGAUUCUGAUGACGAUGACGACGUUAUUAAAAUGCAACAUGCGAGAUAUCGGACUGACAGCGAAGUGGCUUGCGAAGAAGCUGCUCGAUUAACGGCUGAUAUUCAAGAUGAAAAUACUCCAGAAGAUGAUGAAGAAAUAUGCGAAUACCAUGACAUGCCACCACCACCAGACGGAGGUUAUGGCUGGGUCAUAGUAUUUGCAUCGUUCAUGUGUAAUAUGAUCGUUGAUGGUAUAGCGUAUACAUUUGGUGUAUUUCUGGGUGAAUUUGUUACAUAUUUCGGCGAAGGUAAAGGCAAAGUUGCAUGGGUCGGAAGCUGUUUAAGUGGUGUUUAUUUGAGCGCAGGUCCUGUGGUAUCGGCGCUGGCAAACAAAUAUGGUUGUCGUGCGGUUUGCAUUGCUGGUAGUAUAAUAUCAGCGGCAGCAUUUGUGCUUAGUACAUUCAGCACAUCAGUUAAUAUGUUGAUGUUAACGUAUGGUAUUCUCGGUGGUUUUGGUUUCGGUUUGAUUUACUUGCCGGCUGUUGUUGCUGUUGGAUACUACUUUGAAACAAAAAGAUCACUAGCCACUGGUAUUGCUGUGUGUGGCUCAGGUUUUGGUACAUUUACAUUUGCACCGCUGGCAAACCUGCUGCUCGAGCACUUUGAUUGGAAAAAUGCCAACUUGAUUUUGGCCGGCUUAAUUUUAAAUUGUGCCAUUUUCGGUGCACUUAUGAGACCAUUAACAUAUCCAAAACCGAGCAAAGUGAAACCGCUAAUGCAACGCAUGUAUGAAGAGAAGCGCUUACAAAUGGAGCGUCGAUCGAUUGGUGGUUCAUAUUUUAUGGUCCAAUUACCCGAUGGUUCAAUGGAAAAACGCAUGAAAAUGCCGAUAAACAUUGAUCCCGGUGUGCAUUCAAGUUUGAAUCUUGAUCAAUUGGCACAACAAGGUGGUUUGCAUCCGGUUGCAACAUUGCCCACCAUUACCGAAGGACAAAAAGUACAAGAUGGUAAUGCACAAAAUAAUACCGAUUCGAAUAGUCAAACCGAUGCACGACGAGCAGCCGCACGUAAUUCACGCACUCAUCGCAAUUCCGAAUCGGAUGCACCCAUUGAAUUCGGCACCAAAAAUAUACCACGAAAUGCUUCCCAACCGGCAUUCACAUCACAUCAUCAAGGUUUACCAAAAAAUGGUUCGGUGCCAACAUUUGAUCGCGUACGAAAAACAUCAACCAGCGAACGAUUCAAACCAUCAUUGGCCGCCAUCAAAGCAUCGUCACGCAAUGACAUGGGCAAUGGUGAAGUACGUAAAUCGAAUUAUUUAAGAGCAUCAAUUGGUUCAUUUGUUGCAGGCAGUAAAUCGCAAAUGUCUACGAGUGAUGGCGACUCAGAAUCGAUGUAUACAUCACGCGUAUCGUUAACACCACGUGAAACUAGUAAAAUGGUGCGUCCAUUGUCACGUAAAGAUAUUUUCUAUUCGGGAUCAGUUACCAAUUUACGUGAAUAUC